AUGACAACCCACCGACGAGGACCUUGGUCACAGGGUGAGGACGCCUACCUGGUCCAACUUGUCCACACCCAAGGGGCCUUGAACUGGGUGAGAAUAGCGCAACUUAUUGGCUCGCGGUCACCCAAGCAAUGCCGGGAGCGAUAUCACCAGAACCUCAAGCCCACGCUGAACCAUGAGCCCAUCAGCCCCGAAGAAGGACUCCAGAUUGAGCGCCUGGUUGGUGAGAUGGGGAAGCGGUGGGCUGAGAUCGCGCGGAGGCUCCAUGGGAGAAGCGACAAUGCCGUCAAGAACUGGUGGAAUGGCAGCAUGAACCGGCGACGCCGUCUCGUACUUCGCCGGAAGAGCUCGCCUCAAUGCGCCAGCAACUUUGAUGAGCGAUCUCAAUCCCUCUCGUUGGCGAGACCUGCGGAAAAUCGAGGCCUCACCAUCUCAUCAUCUCCAUCAUCUAACCUCUCUUCGAGACGGGGUCAGGACGCCCCCCCACUGCCUUCACCAGCAGUGUCCGUAGCCUCGAGAGCUGACUCCAUUGACGGGGCACCCUCCCUGGUCUCGGACAGUGGAUCUGCCUUUUCAGUCUCGCCCCGUCUCGCAACCUCUCCCGUGAUCGAAUUACCUCCUCUGGACCUCUCCAGACAGGAUAGCAGGAGGCCCAGCCUUCCGAUGGUGCACUCCAGACAGAGUAACUUCCUGUUCGACGCCGACAGCCAAGCUCAUGCCUUUUCUCCCCGCUUCCAGAGCGACUCGAAGUAUACCGCGAGCGCACUCUCUCCGCCUCUUCUAUACCGGCGAACCGACCAACAAUCCGCCAUCCCCUCAUCUCCGCAAGAUUACCCCCAUGAGCCACGGGCACAGCUGCUUACGGCUCCUCCGACCCCGAUACAGCUCCCACCACUCCAGUUGCCGACCUGGCCGGAGCGGCAGGAGAAACUAGUUGAACGGGACUCGAGGAUGCACCUAUCCUCCCUUCUCGCUUGA